CGGGCCAACCAGCGGCCGGCGCGGGCUUUCCCCUCAGGCGGGCCCGGGUGCCCCUGAGCGGACGGGGGAUGAUGGCGGAGAGCGACUUGGGGUCUGAGAGCAGCGAGGAGGAGAAACUGCCCUCCUUCGCCUACCUGCUGCGGCCGUCCGCAUGCCUCGGCGAGCCGAGCCGCCCGCGGUCGCCAUCUCCUAAGCCUGAAGUGGCAGAGGUUGUUAAGAUGGUGAGCAGCGGGAGCGAAGAGGACAUGGACGUCGUCCCUUUGCACGAGAGGGUCAAGAUGAGGGUGAGAGCGGAGCCUGAGCCCUUCAGCCUGGGCGCUGAUGAUGGAGAGGCAUCUGGAAUUUGUGCUAGUGGUGACCUGAUGGCUCCUGGGAGCGAAGGGCUUCGGCAAGACCUGACGCCGUCUGGAGAAGUAGCUUGUGGUAGUGAGACUGGUACACGCAGUGUUGAGAGAUCCCCCUUGUGCUCCUUGCCAGUCGACUCUGACAGGCCUGGCAGCCCCCCGGUAAGCAGAGAAAGGCCAGAAACAUCGCUCCCUCUCAAGAAGCGACAAUAUAGUCAGAAGGAACGGGAGGCAAUCUGCCAGAAUGUAUGGCAGAGAAGGAAAGAGCAAGAAGCAAAGAGGAGGAAGCAGGAGGAGGAGAAAAAGAGGAAGCGAGCCGUUGCCAAGAUGCUGAAAGCUCAGCGGCCAGGAGAGUGCCAGAAAUACAUAACAGUGGUGCUGGAUCCAGUCAUCUUACAGGUAGAAGGUGGCGAGCAGAUCCUUAGUGCUUUGCAGGCUGCCAAUUAUUCCUGUGUGUUUGAGAACCACGCUGUUCCCUGCAGCAUCACCUGGAGGAGAAAGACAGUGACAUCACAGAUGGGAGGAGGAGAUGAAUGGACAGAAGAACCAAAUGUUCUGGUUCUGCUUGGCUUGGAGGAGUUUUUGUCCAUGGCUCACAACUACAAGCAAAAUGCUGAUGGCUGUGCAGAGAGGCAGAAGGAGACCCUGCAGAGCUGUGUGGCUCAUAUGAUGGAGAAAAUGCCUGGGAGAAUUCUGGCUCUGGCAGUAGUUGGAGUAGAAAAUUAUUUCAGGUCUCUCCAAGUUCAACCCAAACAAAGGCUGCGACAGACAGCAGCAAGUGGGAAUCAAGAGAAACGGGGAGAAAGGAGAAAAAAGGAAGCUAAGGAUUCUAGCUUGGAUUUAUCCAGAAUGGAUGUGAAAGAAGCCCUGGUGGAUCUGCAGCUGAGCACACAAGUCCAAAUCAGCAUUUUUGAGAGCAGUGAGGAGCUUGGGGAAUAUGCCACUAUGUUCACCAAAGCUGUGGCUGAAGCACCAUACAAGCGAGAGCGAGAGAACACAGGGUUCUCUUUCUACUUGGAGAAGGACUGUUGCAGAGGGGUGAAGGUGGAUCCUUCUGGAAAGGGUCUCUUGAAAGUUUGGAAGAGGCAGAUACAGCAGUUUAACCGUGUCAGCUCUGAGAUGGCUGAGGCUAUCGUGUCUGCCUACCCUUCUCCUCAGCUUCUGAUCCAGGCCUAUGAGCGGUGCUCCUCGGAGCAGGAGCGGGAGAACAUGCUGGCCAACAUCCCCGUGCACCGCGGCGAGGGCGUCACGGCCACCGCCCGCCGCAUCGGGCCCGAACUGUCCCGGCGCAUCUACCUGCACAUGACUUCCCACGAUCCCGACCUCCGUCUGGACUUCACUGCCUAGCACGGGGAAAAAGGGUUGUACUGUUCAGUUAAUGUUCCAUUUUGGAUUUCACUGGGUAGCUCCAGGGAAUAAGGGUUUUUACCAUUUGUCUGGUCAAGUUUUCAGUUUUCUUCUGUGAAGAAGUGCUUAGAUAACACUCAAUGAUCCCUGUUUAAAGACUUGAAGCACAUUAAGACUUUAUUGUAGAAGGAAAAAAGUUGGAUAAAGUUGCUGAAUAGCAGGAGUUUACACAAGAAGGGUGGUGAACAUCUUCCCUAAGCACGAGUUGCACACAGCUUAUAGUACUGAUGUUGUUUUAUUUGUCUUUCUAUAAAAUAAAUCAUUUUGAAGAAUAACCUUUGCUUCUU